AACUCAACUAAAAAUAAUAAUAAAAAAAGAAGAAAAAGAAGCGGAACAAUGGAGCUAACUCCUGCGAGUGUUGUUUGGUGACAGUUGAAGUCGAACAAAAGACGGCUAGAAACGCGGCAUGGCGUCGUCGAAGCUUGUCUCGACGAAUCCGGAUCUUCCACGGGACCCUUCUUCUUCAUCAUCUUCGUCUUCUUCUAUAUCUCCCCUUUCUUCUCUUCUCUCCGAUCUGCACCCCAUGGACGACCUCCUCAAGUCCAUCACCCCCAAUUCCGUCGACGACUUCUGGAAGGGGAUCGCUGCCGCCUCCACCGACAAUGCCGGCGGCGUGACCCUCGAGGAUUUCCUCACCAAGGCCAUCCCCGUCACAGAGGAAGACGUCAGAGGUGCUCCUCCUCCUCCUCCUUCUUUUCUCCCCUUCCCUGCCGAAGGCUCUUCCUCCUCCGUUGAGCCUUUCGCUAAUAAUGGCGUUGGCAGCGCGCCCUCAAACUCGGUUCAGAAAGGGAAGAGAAGGGCCGUGGAGGAACCGGUUGACAAGGCAACGCUUCAGAAGCUGAGGAGGAUGAUCAAGAAUAGAGAGUCUGCUGCUAGGUCCAGGGAGCGCAAGCAGGCUUACACAUCUGAGCUUGAGUAUCUGGUUCACCAGCUAGAGCAAGAGAAUGCGCGGUUAUUAAAGGAAGAGGCUGAGAUGAGAAGACAGAGGAAAAAGCACGUAUGUACUAUCUCUUUGAGUGCAUCAUUCCAAUUGAGGUGAUGCCUAAACCGAAGAAAAAACUUCGGAGAGUAAAUUCAGCACAAUCAUUGUGAUCUGUUUGUCAUCACUCAUGGACAGACUAGGCUUUGUGGCUUGGUGUAGAUAUAAGGGGGAAAGGUUUGAGAGAUUGCAUGCCAUUGCAGGUUCUAGGAGUUACAUUGUAUAGAGAAAGUAAUUGCAGCCAAAUAAUCCAAGUAAUUUGAUUCAACCUGAAAGUAUUCUAUUGAUCCACUGCAUGUGGAAGAUCCAUAAGAUCCAUGGUUCUGGGUGGGUUUUGCCCGGAUUAGGCCUUGCAGGGAAAGUCGAAAUAAGAAUUUGUGUUAACUUAUGCAAUUUGAAUGCCAUCCUUGCUUGAUUUGGUGGGGGAUGAGGUACAGCAGGCGAGAGGAAUGGAUGAACAAUGAUCGGUAGAUUCGAUAUAAACUGUUUUAGAUUAAAAGAUCACCUAUAUGCCACAUGAUUCAUUGUGACAAAUUACUUUUUUUUAGAAGUAACAUGACUUGUGAUUUUAUUAUUUUAAGCACUCAUAAUAGUUUUAACA